AUUUGGGAACCCGACGCGCCAACAUUAAUUAUUGUACACAUGAUCCAUCAUCAUGAUCCACUUUCUGGUAGUUUUCUUUAUAUAAGAAAAAAAAAAAAAAUUGUGAUCUUCAUCAUAGCAGCAACAAUAACCGCUGAGAGAGAGUAGUUAAAUUGGCCCCCAUUUUUGCAGACUUGAAGAGAAGGCAAGCAAUUCAUCAAUCAUAUUUAUGCCAACGUCUUUUUGAGCAGUUUUCUAACACUGCCUACUUCCUUACUGAUAAAAGUACUCAGUGAAAAAGAAAAAAAAGUGGCUACUUGAAGCAGCAGCAAAAAAAAGAUUCUGAAAAAAGCGUCUUGCUUUGUUCAUCGAGUGGUAUAAUAUAUCAUCCUUAACAGCCUUCCUUAAAAAAAGCAAACUACUUUUGUUUGCCGAAUUUGUAGAGAGUGGUAGCCCUCCCAUUUUUUUUCCCUCUUUUUAUUUUUAUUUUUAUUUUUAUUUUUAUAAUUUUAACAAAAAGAAAGCAAACCUCCCAAAAAUAAACAUUAUGGCAAAAGAGCAAAAGCCAGACCCUUUACUCAUCAACCCAAUACAGGUCCAGGAUAAAGAAGAAGAGAAGGAGUCCGACCUUGGAUCCGACGAGCCUGAGGCUCCUUUGCCCCUUACCGUCACUUCCAGGGUUUUGUAUAUGUUGGGUGACAUUACCUCAGGGCCUGCGCAUAGGUUCACGCAAUGGCUGGAAUUGGUUCGUAAACGCAGUGCCAAAUUUCGCUCCUCUGGUUUCCCUCACAGGCCUCCGAGGCUCAAUGAUAUGCCUUCUAGUGCAGGAGAGUUCAUUGAUAAUUCAAAAGGUUCUCUGCCUUCUGAUCAAACAACAGAAAUCAGUCUAUGGGAAAGACUCGGUAAAGCUGCUACUCUGGAAAUUGAGUCAAGUUCUUUUUCUUGGGACAUGCUUUCAUCUCUUCACCACACCGAACAUAAUAGCAACACUGAUCAUUCUGAGGAUGAAAUGAAUAAAGCCCUAGAAGUUACUGUGAAUUCUGGAGGAGUUGUCUUCUUUGCCUUUUUCAGUCAGCCAGCAGAUAAUGAUGGUCUUGCAAAGGAAGCAGCUGCUGUUAUAAAAAUAUCAUCGUCUAGGAUGGCUACGCAAUCUGAACGUCUUGGAUAUGAAUUUGCUAAGUGGCUUGGAGUCCGAACCCCUCAGGCAAGAGUUAUUCAUAAUUCUAGUGUGGAGUGGCUCCAGAUUAAGGAAGCUGCUGAGAAAGCAAGAGAUGGAGCAAGUUUAGAAGGAGAUGAAGCUGGUGAAAUGACUUGCUCAGAACUUUUGGAAGCUCUUGAACUUAGCAGAUGUCUUUUACUAAUGAGUUAUGCACAUGGAUCUCCUUUGCUAGAAAGUUCUAGUGCAUUUGACUUGAGGGAAUAUGCUGAAAAUACAGCAGCUGCUCUUGGUAGGGUCUUGUUAUUAGACCUUGUCAUCAGAAACGAAGAUAGGCUCCCUUGCCGUCAGCUAAGAUGGCGUGGAAAUUCUUCAAAUUUAUUAAUGGUUGAAAAAAUGGCUUCUACAAAUAUGGAUAAUUUGGAGGAAGUCAUUGAUUCUGCUAUGAAAAAGUACAGACCACGAGUGAUUAGAGCUCUUCAAAAGGAACGAAGAUCAACUUCGGUGGAUUGCAGAUUGAUCUCUCAUAAUUCUGGAUCCGUUUCAGAGGCUUCUGAUCUUUCUAACAAUGUCGAAUCGCCAAAAUCUAUUGACAUUUGCUUGAGAAAGCAAUUAUCAGAUGAAUCAAGAUUUUCUGACUUUCAAAUUGUGGCUAUUGAUUCCAAUGUUCCUCGUCGACCUCCUGCAGGAAAGCGUGCAAAUGACCAGGCAAUUUAUCCUAAGUUGGUUGAGUUACUACUUAACAGUUCUCAGUAUUCCUCCAAUCUGUUACAUGACAUAACAGGAGGGAAAUUGGGAUCCCCUCCCUUAGAGGAUGGUGAAACACCUGAUGCACGGGCGACUGAAAUGCUGUCAAUUGUUCAAGAAUUUCGCAGUGGAUUCCGUGCUGCUCUUAGGGACAUGCAGGGCUUCCAUAUAUUUCUUCUCACUCUUCAUCAAAAGCUAGAUAGCUUGUUACGGUUAUUUUUGAAUAUUGUAAACAAAACUUCUUCAGGGGAGUCUGACAAUGUUGAUCUGGCAAUUCCUGAGUCACCAUCACAUUCUGCUGGAUAUGUUCCUUUUCCUUCUCCAAGCAAGGAACGGUAUGUUAGUGAUAGUAAUCUAGAUAUUGGUGAUUCAGAAUCUCAAAGAUCCACUUCAAGGUCUUCAUCUUCAGGAAAUAAAGAAAGCUCAGACUCCAGUUCUCCAUUGUCACGUGAUGCUUGGCAUGGGAAAUUCCAUAAAGGAUUUGGGGGCGAGCCCCUUCGUAACCUGCGUUUAACAGCAAAGCUCCGUGACUACCAUAAACUUGUCAAGAUGGAUGCUGAUUCAAAUAAAGAGUUGGAACAGUGGAAUGAAAUGCUCAAGAAUGAUGCUGUUAAGCUCUGCCAGGAGAACAAUUUUAAUAGUGGAUUCUUUGAGGGUAGUGAUAAUAAUUGCGUUAUUGAUGCUUAUGAGUUGAAGGUCAGACUUGAGCACAUUCUUGAGAGGAUUGCAUUGAUAUCUGAGGCUGCAAAUACAGAAAGGCCAUCCUUAAUCACAAGUACCCUCUUUAUUGGAGGAGCGCUGGCUGCGAGAUCUGUAUUUACACUGCAACAUAUAGGAAUUACUCAUAUAUUGUGUUUAUGCUCCAAUGAAAUUGGACAGUCAGAUUCUCAGUUUCCUGAUCUAUUCGAGUACAAAAAUUUUUCUAUAUAUGACAAUGAAGAUUCAAAUAUCAGCAGCAUUUUUGAUGAAGCUUCAGAUUUUAUUGAUCAUGUUGAACAACUAGGUGGGAAGGUCUUAGUUCAUUGCUUCGAGGGCAGAAGUAGAAGUGCCACGGUAGUGCUUGCAUAUCUAAUGCUCAGAAAGAAUUUCACUCUAUUAAAAGCAUGGAAUACACUUAAAAGAGUUCAUCGACGGGCCCAGCCAAAUGAUGGGUUUGCAAAGAGCUUAGUAACUCUGGAUAGGAAAUUACAUGGUAGGGUUUCCAUGGAGUGGCAACAGAGGAAGCCAAUGAUUAAAGUUUGCCCUAUCUGUGGGAAGAAUGCUGGUCUGAGUAGUAGCUCUCUUAAGCUUCAUUUGCAAAAAUCACAUAAGAAGUUGUCAUCAGGGAGUGUGGACAGUGCAAUGACAAUGGAAAUACAAAAGGCUUUAACAGCACUCAAGAUUAGCCGAGGUGGAAGUGUCAGCCCGACACAGAGGCAAUCUCACUCAGAUGUGGAAAAUUAGGAACUGUCACCCCAUUAAUUUUUACUCUUUCAAACCGAUGCAGCUUGUGGUUCAAAACUAUUUGUUUGCCUCCUGGCUGCUUAUCAUUGGGAUGGAACCACAUAGGUGCCGAGAUCUGCAACAACCAGAGCUAACUCUUUUAUUUCUAGUGUUUCGUCACCCUUGUGAAUAAUCAGAGAUAGUGUAGAAUAGUGUACGCGUCGCCUCAGUUCUGUAUUCAAAUCGUUUCGAUUGUUCUGGUUUUUGUGUGUGUUUGUACAAUUCUUUUGAGCUUGAUCCAAAGAUGUCAGGCUCCAAUGUAUCAUAAACGAUAGGAAGAUGGGUUAUUCAUGUAAUUUCUUUUAUGAUAAGUGGCAAAUUGGAAGCUAAUUAUAAGCGGCUCUAGUUUUAAGGAUUUUCAGGUGAUAGAUACAGAUGUCUCUGGUAACAUGUAACAUGUUGAUUGUUGAGUAUGAAUGAAACUGAAAGCCAUGAGGGUUGAAACAGCUCA